AUGGCUAUUCCAGACCAGCAAUGGGCCCAGGUCAUCGAGCCCAACGGCUCUCUCGUCUACAAGCAGAUCCCCGUCCCCAAGCCCGGCGCAGAUGAAGUCCUCGUCAACAUCAAAUACUCCGGCGUCUGCCACACCGACCUCCACGCCAAGAACGGUGACUGGCCCCUGGACCGCAAGCUGCCCUUGAUCGGUGGCCACGAGGGUGCCGGCGUCGUCGUCGCGAGGGGUGAACUCGUCUCUGAAGUCGACAUCGGCGAGCAAGUCGGAGUCAAAUGGCUGAAUGGCUCUUGUUUGGCUUGUGAGUUCUGUCAGAAGGCUGAUGAGCCUCUUUGUGCUCAUGCGGAGCUCUCUGGGUAUACCGUCGACGGUACCUUCCAGCAGUACUGUGUUGCGAAGGCGGCGCAUGUCUCGAAGAUCCCUAAGGGUGUUGCGCUCGAUGCUGUCGCUCCGAUCCUUUGUGCUGGUAUCACCGUCUACAAGGGUCUGAAGGAGUCUGGUGCUCGUCCCGGCCAGUCGGUGGCUAUUGUUGGUGCUGGUGGUGGUCUGGGAGCGUUGGCUCAGCAGUACGCAAAGGCCAUGGGUUUGAGAGUCAUUGCUAUUGAUGGUGGUGAUGAGAAGAAGGCUCUCUGCGAGCAGCUUGGCGCUGAGGCCUACGUCGACUUCACCAAAACCAAAGACCUCGUCCACGACGUCCAAUCCGCCACCAGCGACGGACUCGGUCCUCACGCCGUGAUCCUCGUCGCCGUCUCCGAACUCCCCUUCCAACAAGCCGCCAGCUACGUUCGAUCUCGCGGAACCAUCGUCGCCAUCGGUCUGCCCGCCCACGCGUACCUGAAGGCCCCCGUCUUCAGCACCGUCGUGCGCAUGAUCAACAUCAAGGGUUCCUACGUCGGUAAUCGCCAGGAUGGCGUCGAGGCGUUGGACUUUUUCGCUCGUGGUUUGAUCAAGUGUCCGUUUAAGACGGUGCCGUUGUCGGAUUUGCCGAAGGUUUAUGAGUUGAUGGAACAAGGAAAGAUUGCUGGCCGUUACGUCCUCGAGAUGCCACAGUGA